UCUUCUCCUCUUCAGCUCCAUCCCUUCACGCAACAGGCAGUUGAGAUGUCGACUUCAGCUAGGAAGAGGCUGAUGAGGGACUUCAAGAGGUUGCAGCAGGAUCCACCUGCCGGUAUUAGCGGCGCUCCGCAAGACAAUAACAUUAUGCUGUGGAAUGCCGUUAUUUUCGGUCCAGACGAGACGCCUUGGGAUGGAGGUACGUUUAAGUUGACUCUUCAGUUCAACGAAGAUUAUCCAAACAAGCCACCGACUGUUCGAUUUGUUUCUCGAAUGUUCCAUCCAAAUAUUUACGCGGAUGGAAGUAUAUGUUUGGAUAUUCUGCAAAAUCAGUGGAGUCCUAUAUACGACGUUGCUGCUAUACUUACAUCUGUCCAGUCGUUGUUGUGCGAUCCAAAUCCGAAUUCUCCAGCAAAUUCGGAAGCUGCUAGAAUGUACAACGAGAAUAAGCGAGAGUACAAUCGCAGAGUUAGGGAAGUUGUGGAGCAAAGCUGGACUGCCGAUUAAACCGUGUUGGACGGAUUAUAAGUUGGUAAGUAAAUGAAUGCAGCUCAUUUACAAGCUUAAAAAAAAUCGCCCCCCAUCGGGAAUUAAAUUUUUGUGCCUUUCGAAUGGAUAUUUGGCACUCUUAUUGCGGUCCGAUUUAAGAUGUUAACGGGGUUUUGUAAUAUUGUUACACUGAAGACUUCUUUUAUUGCUUUGUGUAUUGUAAAUAAGGAUCUUACGCGUUGAUUUGUAUUGCGAUUUCUAAACGAACUUAUCUCUGGGUGCACUCGAGCUCGUUGAAAGACUGGGAAUGUGUUUGUAUUAUUAUUAUGAUUCAGUUGUUCCUGC